UGCCGCGGGAUCUGCAGUUCGGACUCCGCGCACUAUAGUGUCCGCAGUUCCCUCCCUUCUGGUGGCCCCGCGGCCCUGCGGGGAGUCCGGGGGUCCGCGGGCUGCUCGAGGCCGGCCCCGCCUCUCCCUCCUUCGGUGGGGCCUAGACGGUCGGAGCAGCUGGACAUGGAGCCUUCUUCCGCCACCGGAGGCUCAGAGACCACUCGCCUCGUGAGCCCCCGGGACCGUGGCGGCGCCGGCGGCGGCCUGCGUUUGAAGAGUCUCUUCACAGAGCCCUCGGAGCCCCUCCCUGAGGAGCCCAAGCCUGUGGAGAUGCCCUUCCACCACUGCCACAGGGACUCCAUGCCACCGCUGGGCCUCACGCCUGAGAGAACGCGGGCGCGGAAGCAGCUGUACGCCGCCUGUGCUGUUUGCGUCGUCUUCAUGACCGGGGAGGUGGUUGGUGGGUAUUUGGCACACAGCCUGGCCAUUAUGACUGAUGCCGUCCACUUGCUGGCAGAUGUGGGUAGCAUGAUGGGCAGCCUCUUCUCCCUUUGGCUCUCUGCCCGGCCAGCGUCCCGCACCAUGACCUUUGGCUGGCACCGCUCAGAGACUCUGGGGGCUUUGGCCUCUGUGGUCUCCCUCUGGAUGGUCACUGGUGUCCUCCUGUACCUGGCCUUCCUCCGCCUGCUGCACAGUGACUACCACAUCGAGGCAGAGCCCAUGCUGCUGACCGCCAGCAUUGCAGUCUGUGCCAAUAUGAUAAUGGCCUUUGUGCUGCACCAGGCUGGGCCUUCCCACAGCCACAGGUCUAGGGGGGCAGAGUAUGCACCGCUGGAAGAAGGGCCUGGUGACCCCCUGUCCAUGGGGAACACCAGCGUCCGGGCGGCCUUCGUGCAUGUGUUGGGGGACCUCGUGCAGAGCUUCGGGGUACUGGCUGCCUCUGUCCUCAUCUACUUCAAGCCUCAGUACAAGGCGGCUGACCCCAUCAGCACUUUCUUCUUCUCCAUCUGUGCCCUUGGAUCCACCGCCCCCACCCUCCGAGAUGUUCUUCACAUCCUCAUGGAAGGUGCCCCCAGCGGUGUGGGGUUUGAACCUGUAAGAGAUACACUGCUGUCGGUGCCAGGAGUCCGCGCAACCCAUGAGCUGCACCUGUGGGCCUUGACACUUACUUACCAUGUUGCCUCUGCACACCUGGCCAUUGACUCCACGGCUGACCCUGAGGCUGUCCUGAAAGAAGCAUCAUCCCGGCUCUACUCCCGGUUUGGAAUCUCCAGCUGUACCCUGCAGGUCGAGCGGUACAGAUCUGAGAUGGCCCGGUGUCCACGCUGCCAGGAGCCACCCCAAGCCUGAGCCACAGCCCCACCCUCACCCCACUGCCAGGUCCAGCCUCAGUCCUGGACUCUCAGCACCUGCCUCCCUGGUCACGGAGAAGGAAUGGAGCUGGGCCCAUACCUUUUCCUCUCUCCCUCUUCCACCUGCCAAACGCCCCAGCUCUAGCCCCAGUGAGCAAGACCAAAGCGUGUGGGGGGAGUGUUGGGUGGGAGUCAGGCUGAACAGCUGGAAGCAGGUCAGAGGCAGGGGAAUGUAAGAAGCCCCCACAGUCCCUGCUCCCCACAGCCUGGAGAGCCGCGCAUGUCCUUUCUGUGCAAUCCAUGUGUCUGUGUGGCAGCCUGUCUGGCUGUGUGGCUGGUUCAUCUGCCUCUCUGUGCUCUUGGUGUGCCUAUGCCUGGGGAGGUCAGCAGGGGCCCCCUCCCCAUGUGGCCCUCUCUCUGUCUAUGCAGGGGUCCCAAAGCCUGCACUUUCUCCAUGUGUCUUAGCCCUGUGGUUUUGUCUGUGUGUGUGUUCCUUGGUGCUGUGGCCUCGGUGUCUCUGCCUGUGUGGCUGUGCUAUGGUCUCUAUGAGUCUGCUCCACCCAUGUGUCUGUCUGGGAGUCCAUCUGUCCAUCCCUCUGUUGGUGCUGUGCCCCCGGCUGGCUCUCCCAGGGAGAGGGAGGACUCUUGGUGCAGCUCCACCAAUAAACUUGUGUCUGACUGCA